AUGUUUAUUAAAGUAUUCCUUACUGUUAGCAUGGUUGCCUGCGUGAUGGCUGAACCUCCUGUGGGAGAUACAUAUUCACAUGCCGAUCACCCAGGUCAACGUUCGUUGCCAACGCAAUAUGGAACUCCAGCUUUUGGAUCUCGCUCCUUUAAUCAAGAAUACUCACCGCCAUCUGAAGAGUAUGGUGUUCCCGGAUUACGGUCCGCCCAGACAUAUUCAAGCACACGACUUUCCCAGAAAUAUGGAGCACCGAAAGAAAGGACCACACCGUCACAGAGUUAUGGUGCGCCUACGGCUCGCGGUAUACUGGACGCUGCACGCGACGUUUCUCGUCAGUACAUACCAGCUGCACGUUCCCAAGGCUACAAUUCCCAAUUAAUUGCUAGAAACGCCCAACAGUCAUCCCAAGGAUACGGUGCUCCUGAAGCUAGAAUAAUAAACAAGAACGUCGAAGAGCUGUCUCAGGAAUAUGGCGUUCCUGCUUUGAGAAGUUUGUCUGAUACUUUUUCAGUGCCAGCCAUACCUUCUGAUUCUUACGGUGCUCCGCUGCAAAGAUCUCUAGAUAUUCCUUCUGAGCAAUAUGGUGCACCUCAGAGAAGCUUUGGCAAUAAGUCUCCAAGCUUCCGUUCAUCUGUUUCCCAAACAUAUGGCGCUCCCCGCUCUAACUAUGCGGCUUCUUCAAAAUACAAUUCAUUCAAUGCUCGAUCUCAAAGCCACAAAAUUUCGGACACAUAUGGUGCUCCUGCCAGAUCUUUGUCCAGUCAAUACGGAGCGCCAAGCAAUAGUUUUAAAGCAUCUUCUUACGAAAAUAGCCCCUCUGAAACAUACGGAGUUCCCAAUGAAAGAUCAUUGAGCACUGAAUACGGAGCACCUAGCGGUAGUUUCAACACCAAUGCAUUUGUUUCAUCUUAUGAGUCUGCUAGGUCCUCUCCAUCUCCCAAAUAUGGUGCGCCAGCGCGUGAUGCGAUGCCUUCUGACCAGUACGGAGUUCCAGACCUGACUUCAAUUCUUUCUUCCCAAGGCUAUGACUAUGCACGAAAUGCUCUUGAUGAAUUGUUAAACCAGGAGCCAGCAAACUACGAUUUCGGGUACAAAGUAAACGACUUGGAAAGUGGGAGUGACUUUGGACACACGGAGACGAGGCAAGAGAACAAAGCUGAAGGCUCAUACUUUGUGGUUUUGCCUGAUGGAUCAAAACAGGUGGUAGAAUAUGAAGCGGACGAGCGUGGCUUCAAGCCCAGGAUCUCAGUGGAGCCAGCUGAGAGCAAGGGCUAUGAUGACAACGCGGCUGACCUCGCCAGAUCUGGUCCCUAUUAA